AUGCAUUCGACAUCAGCUAAUAUUGGAUUUCAAGAUUUAUAUACUCAAUUAACAGAACCUCAUAUUGGAUUUGAACGAUUUGUAGAAGAAUGUAAUAAUAAUAUACCAACAAAUAAUACUUCAGGAAAUACAAAUCCUAAUUCAAGUUUACCAAUUCAAACAAAUAUAAUCUCAUCGUCUGAUUAUUCAUCAACUAUUUUGAAAACAAUGCCUUCUUCUUCAUCAAAAUCAAAUGGAAAUUCUCAUUUAUCAAUAAAACGUCUUUUCACUCCAUUUUUAUCUACUAUUUAUAUUGAAAUUGAUACAAUAUGGUUUCAAAAGAAAUGGUUAAUAUUUAAUGAUAAUCAUAAAGAAACAUUUUUAAUAUUAUGUUCAGAUAUAUCAAAUUAUUUAACUGUACAAAUGGCUAUUAAUCAAAAUUGUUUUGUAAACAGUAAAUUACCACUUCGUAAUCAACCUGAAUGUUUACUUAUUCGAACAGAAAUCAAUAAUAAAAGUUUAUUUUUACCUAAUUCAAUUAUUUCAUUUGAAAAUUUUUUUGAUAGAAAUAAAAAUUUAUCUCAAGGAAAAUUAAUUGCUAUUAUAUGUGAGUCAGAUAAAAUUAAGAAUAAAUUAAUGUUUUAUAAACAUUCACCAAAAAAUCAUUGGUAUAUUCUUCAUAUUAAUCGUAUAAAAUCAUCACAAUCAUAUUCAAAUAUAUUAUCGGAUGAUGAACAAUUUCAACUUGAAUCAAUUUUAAAACAAAAUAAUCAUAGAAAAUUUAUUCAUCCAUCUGAAUUAGUUUUUCCUUUAUCUGCUUUAUGCUAUCAUCCUAUUACUUAUGUAUAUCUUGUACAGAAAAUUAAUGAUGAGAAUUAG